UUUCUCUGAACACACCUCAACAAGUACCCAAGAGCACCACAGCAACAGAGGAUUGAGAGUUAAAGAUUCCCCUCAGAGGACAGAUCAAGGAAACAGAAACUGGACACUGGACACAAACAUUAACACUGAGCGACGGUUGCACUCGGACUUUGGACUUUUUCGCCUUUUGGAGUGAUUUUUAAUUCAUUUGGGACACAGUAAAGAGAAAGAGAGACGCCUGUGCCUGAGUUGAUGCUUGUGUCUGCUGACAUUGUUGAUUAACGGACACUGUGUUUCUAAAAGAAGCUGGUAAGCUCACAUUUUUUACAUGUCUACAAAGAUGGAACAGCCUUUUUAUCAUGACGACUCUUUUCUGGCUUACGGCCACUCAGAUGCAGCCAUGCACGACUACAAAGUGCUAAAGCAGAAUAUGAAUUUGAACUUGACAGAGCCUUAUCGCAACCUGAAAUCCCAGCUGAGAGAGCCCGAGCCGUACCAGCAGGACGUGGGGUCCCUGAAGCUCGCGUCCCCGGAGCUGGAGAGGCUCAUCAUCCAAAACAGUAACGGGGUGAUCACGUCUCCCACCCCCGGACAAUACUUCUACAACCGGGGCAUCACUGAAGAGCAGGAGGGGUUCGCGGAGGGCUUCGUUAAAGCUCUGGACGAGCUGCACAAGAUGAACCAGAUGCCUCCUCCGAACGUCUCCAUCGGAGCCGGAGGAGUGACGACGUGUUCUGCAGCGCCAUCAAGCGUUUUCGGCUCCAGCCUGCAGCCUGAGCCUCCCAUCUACACCACUCUGAGUGCAUACUGCCCCAACACCACCAUCUCUUCUGCAAGCUACCCCACAGCCACUAUCAGCUACCUCCCUCCACACCAGCAGAGCCACCCGCACACCUCCACGCAGCCCUUCCAGCACUCCCUCCCGGGCUCAGGCAUCCACCCGCAGCGGCUGGUGGCCCUCAAAGAGGAACCUCAAACCGUGCCGGACCUCCUCAGCAGCGACGGCUCUCCCCCAAUGUCCCCCAUCGACCUGGAGACCCAGGAGAGGAUCAAGGCUGAGCGCAAGAGGCUGAGGAACCGGCUAGCCGCCACCAAGUGCAGGCGGCGCAAGCUGGAGCGCAUCGCCCGGCUGGAGGAGAAGGUGAAGGUCCUGAAGAGCGACAACGCCGGGCUGUCCAACACGGCGUCCGUGCUCCGAGAUCAGGUGGCCCAGCUCAAACAGAAGGUCCUGACGCACGUGAGCAGCGGCUGUCAGCUGAUGCUCACGAGCAAGAUGGAGGCGUUUUAAACAGCAGAGACUGAAAAUUCUAAAACAGACUGAAAGUAAAAACACUGGAGUCAUGAUCUGCAUGCAGCACUGGGAGAACAGCUGAUGUGUGGUCAGCACUGAGGCCUGUGUGUGAGGACUCGCUAAAGACUGACAGAAAUGGUACUUCGGGAUGCUGGACAUCACUCAAAGAACCAUUUAAACAGGGCAGCAUCCGGACUGAGCAGAGUCUGCUCUACUGAUGGUAGAAAAUGGGAAUGAUUAUUGUAUUUCUUUGUACUUUUGCAACUAUUGUCAUGCAAUGCUGCAUUUAUUCUUUCUGUAAAUUAUUUGGUUUGUCUGGUUGAUCCAGACAAAUCGAUGAUGUCCAAUGUUUACACUGUCUUUUUUUAUUUGUGAUGUGUAUUUAAGUAAAGUGUCUUUAAAUGAAA